AAUAUGGCCACUGCUUCUUUUUCAUUGGCUGCGUCCAGCCGAUAUUUACAAGGGAUUUCUCUCAUAAAAUUCAAAAUAUUUGAUUUAAAAUAAAUAAAAAACGACUGAAACUCAGUCAGGGGCCGUUCAGUACUUUAUUAUUUAUUUUUGAUCUCAGUUUGUGUAAAAAGAAUGGGGGGCUGUAGGUGUUCCUACCGGAACUGUACGAACACAACUAAGACCCGUGAUAACCUCCACUUUUUCCACUAUCCGGUGAAGCAAAAGGAGCGGUGUAGACAGUGGAUAGAGAACGCUCAGAAGCCCCAAUUUUACGACUUGGAUGAAGUCCAGUUGCGGAAUAAAGUGAUAUGUGAGACGCAUUUUAAAGAUUGUUAUUUUCCCAACAUUCAGAAGAAGAGGCUGCUUCAGGGGGCUGUGCCAACGUUGGAUGGUGAUUGUGAGCCAAAAAGGACAACACCUGAAAGUGCGUUGAAGAUACAAGAUGUUCAAGUCCUUCCGGCGAAUGCGGACGGUACAAUCUUCGUUUUGGAAACUAACAUGCAAAAUAAUUUUCAAUCAGAAAAAGUCCAAUCUUAUAUCUAUACAAAUAACGGGCUUAUGGUCCCCAUAACUAAAUUGACUGAUACUGUGGAUGACAACAUUCAGAAUAUUUUCCCAGAUAGUGACACUGAAGAGGUGGAGGAACCCCCUCAACCCCAAGUGAAACUCAAACCAGAGGCGGAGAUUUUCACGGAAACUCAAACAGUUGAGGAAAAAGAAUUCGAGACUUUUGUUUUUGAGAAUAGCCAAGGCGGACCAGACGUUGAAAUGGUCAUACCCGAACAGACAAAAGUUGUAAAAAAAGUGGCGAAAACCACAAUGACUGAUGAUAUUUUUUCGAAAACGGUUGGUAGUAAAUAUGUUCAAAAAAUCAACCAACAUAGUAGAGACAUCGCAAUUUUGAAACGACUCCUAAAAGCCAAAAGGCCGUCGAAAAGGCCCUCAAAUUCGGUCAUUUUAAACUGUCUAAAAAGUCAACUCGCCCCAAGUCUUUUCAGUGUAGUUAACGUAAAUUUAAGUGAACAGUGUGAAUUCACCCCUGAGGAUUUAGAAUUUUUUUCGACGAUUCACUCAACGUCGCCACAAGUCUACGAAAUCCUAGGCCAAAAGUACAAGUGGAAAUUACCAAAUCCCGAGAUUUUGAACAAUAUUCCUGCUAAAAACAACGGACUUGUGUAUUGUGAGGACAAUUGAAACGUAAUUUAAUGUGAAGUAUAAUUUGUAAUUUAGAUGUAACAAGCAUGAGUUUUUAA